AUACUUUGCGGUGCAUUUGAACAUUUUUCUCCCCGAAAUCUUCGUCACUAUCUUGUAGUUUCGAUAGGUAUACUGCCUCUAUUUCGCUCUUGUUUUUAUAAUAUUGCAUGCCAUUCCCACUAUUAAAUUUUUAUCCGCAUACGCUCCCCUAGUUCACAAAGCACCUACAGGCUAGACGCGAGCUGUUACAAUAGUAAAUAUGGGGUUUGGUCGCAAUGACAGAUAGAUAGUCAGCGUAAUCUGAGAGGUAUUUCUAGAUGUCUCAUCUUGAGGCUUUUCCAACCUCUACAAAAGUUAAAAGAUGUUCUCAGUCAAUCGUUUCAGAAACAUUUGGAAAAGAUUUGAAAUAUCCCCGGCUGUUGGACAAUUCAAGAAACGAUAUAACUCAUACUUUAUCAUGCAAUGUUGGUUCCAACUCAAAGGAUCAUUCGAAUGAAUUUGAAAAUGUCAACAGUUUUGCAUGUAGCCAUGAUCGACUUGCACAAUUAUCAGCUUUGAUCGAUCAGUGUUCACAUGGCGAAUUGUUGCAUAUUAAAAAAACUAUAAAACCAUUGUUAAAACGAGAUUUUAUAGCAUAUUUACCCGUUGAAAUUUCUCUACAUAUCUUGCAGUAUUUAUCACCUCGAGAUAUAUUUCAUUGUGCUCAAGUUUCUAAAACUUGGCAACUUGUUUGUGAUGAUAAUUUACUUUGGUAUCGUUUGUGUAUAGAUGCUGGAUUAUUUAACACAUUCAACAAAUCUGCAAUUAACUUUUAUUUAGGUACCCAAUUAAAUUGUCUUUCAUGUGUAAAUAAAUCUACGAAUUCACUUUGUAAUAAGACAAAAUGCAUUUUUGAAAAUUCUGUCAUCAAUAAUAGUAAUACUACUGCUGAUGGAGACACUCUUCCAGCACAUGAAAGUGAUGUGGUCAUGAAAAGUGAUCAUAUUCAAAUUUCUGAUACUGAUGGCGAGUCACUGUGUGCUUUAUCUUAUACUAGUGAUCCUCAAAAUUGUUUUCAUUUGAACAAGGUUAAUUGGAAGUCUUUAUAUCGUCAAGAUUUACAUACUCAGUGUAAUUGGAGAAAUGGUGGACCAUGGCAUCCUAUCAUCGUACCAGCUCAUCAUAAUCAUGUUAUCACAUGUUUAGAAGUAUAUGAAGAAUGGGCAAUUACUGGUUCCGAUGAUUCAAGUAUCUGUAUUUGGGAUAUUAAUACUGGCCAGUGUUUAAUUAAUUUAUUCGGUCAUCUUGGUGGUGUUUGGUCAAUGACUGUGAUACCACGUCAGUUAUUAUUGAUGUCGGAAAAUAAACAACUAUGUCAGCAUCCUUUACUUAUAUCUGGUAGCUGUGAUCGAACAGCUCGUGUUUGGCAGUUAGAUGGUCAACGUUGGCCUUGUUUAGCUACAUUGUUUGGCCAUCAAUCGACUGUUCGAUGUGUAGCUAGUCAAAAAUUACAUUCUAGUCCGAAAUUUGUUGUUACCAAUUCUAAUGAUUAUCAGCGUUCGACAAAUGUAUACACUAACGACAAUAAUAAUAAUAAUGAUAAUAGUAUUGAUAACAUAACUACUGCUACUACUACUACUAAUAUUGAUAAUGAUGAUGGUAUUGGGAGUGAUGACUUGGACAAAGAAUUAGCGAAUAGUAUAUUUAAUAACCAACUGAAUAAUUCUAGUCACGAUAUUCUGCAUAAAACAACUUCCAAUGUUAAUCUAACCAAUAGUAGUAGUAAUAGUGAUGGUAGAUUGUCUGAUCCAAUUUUAUCAAACGAUGAAUUCAAUUCAACGAUUCAAUUAAUGAAGCAACAGCAAGCUUUCAAAAAUGGUCACCUAGUUGUUACAGGUAGCCGUGAUACAACUUUACGUCUAUGGAAUGUAUUAACUGGUGAAUGUGUACAAGAAUUUCGAGGUCAUCGUGGAGCAAUACGUUGUGUUCAGUUCACCGGUGAUCAGAUUGUUUCCGGUAGUUAUGAUUGUACGAUUCGAUUAUGGUGUGCACUUCAAGGUCAUUGUUUACGUGUUUUCAGUGCACAUACAAAUCGUGUUUAUACUUUAUUGUUUGAUGGUUAUCAUAUUAUCAGUGGUUCAUUGGAUACAACUAUACGUAUAUGGAAUGCACAUACUGGUGCAUUGAAGCAAACAUUCUAUGGUCACCGCUCAUUAACAAGUGAAUUAGCUUUCGGUUCUGAACAAAAUAUUCUUGUAUCAAGUAAUGCCGAUGAAACAAUACGAGUUUGGCAUAUGAAUAGUGGGAAGUGUGUACAUGUACUUGCCGGACCUCAUAAACAUCAAUCCGCUGUUACAUGUGUUCAGUUAACUCGUAAUUUUAUUAUAUCAUCUGGUGAUGAUGGUACAGUGAAAUUGUGGGACAAACAGUCUGGUGCAUAUAUUCGAGAUCUUUUACGCCUUGAUGGAGCUGGACGAGGUGGUGUUAUUUGGCGUAUAGUUGCUUCUGAAGAACGUUUAAUAUGUGCUGCUGGAAGUCGCAUUGGUAUGGAACCUACAAAAUUAGUUAUUCUGCAAUUUCAAGAACCUAAUCUUUGUUCGAAACAUUUAAAUAAUACUACUAGCAAUUGUAAUAAAUCACUAUCACAUAUUUGUCGACCUAGACAUAAAUAUGCUCCAGAACCAAGACUUAGUCAAUUGAUAUGCACAAACUCAAGUACAAUCUAAUGUUGUAUCAUCGAUUUUCGUGGAAGAUUAUUAGGAUAAAUCUGCUCACUGUAUUACAUAGUUUCAAUGAAAAAUUUUCGAGUUUUUAUAUUUUAUUCGGUUGUGUACAUAAAUCAAUUGUUCUGUUUUUCUUACCAUUGAUAAUGCUUUUUCUUAAAUCAACGUAUUUAUUGACGGUUAUGAUGUUAUUGGUGUUUUGUACGAAAAGUUUCAUAGGUACUCUAGAGCAGUAUUUAGUAAUGAAAAUCUGUUCCUACCUGUAGUGGAAUUUUCGGGGAAAAUUGACAGUGCCAAAUAGUAAAUUACUGUAGGCGGUUUACGGAGAUUUUCCAGUUUUAUGGUUAGCAUCACGGACCCUAUCUUGAUUACUGUUCAGCGGCUACUAGGACAAAACAGCUGUCUACUGUUGCUCUGUUUCGCAGUGGUUAUUCAACUACGAUCAGCUCAUGAUAUUAACAACGACAUGAUGAUGACUUACCGGUUUUAUUAACAGAAUUUUUCUACCCCAACCAACUUACUCUUAUUCCCAUGUUCUUUCUGGUCGCAUUUGAGUUAAACUACAGCAUUAAAUUGCGCAACAUGUCUUUACUACUAUUCAUUUAUUUUCUUGAUGAAUAUUCAAACCCUUAACAACUAUAGUUUCAGUUUCUUAGUGGCAGUAGAAUUUUAUCUUUUCGCCUCUGUGUUACAAAGUUCAGUAAAUUCUCAUUGCGAACAGCAGUUUUAGUUCCUACUCAUAUGGAUAUAACAGAUAUAUCACUAUUUUUUUAUUACUAGACAUAUUGUCGCCGAUCUUCUCAAACAAAGAUGUGAUGGACAACAACGCCAACAGAAUAUGAUGUCCAUUGUGUAUUUUAUUGUUUCCUCUUUAGCCACAUAAAAGUUACUAAAGGUU